AUUGGAGAUUGUGUAAAUGUAGAGGGCAUUCAUUGCAUUGAAGGAAUGGAAUCCUUGGAAGUGUUGAUAGUGCAGAGUUGCCACAAAGUAACAGAAUUACCAGAUUUGUCAAACCUGAAAAUAUUGAUGGAAUUAAAAAUUGAAGAUUGUGCAAAUCUGGGGGAAAUUCACAGCAUCAAAGGCUCAGAAUCCUUGGAAGUAUUGAGAGUGAAAGGUUGCCACAAAUUAACAGAAUUACCAGAUUUGUCAAACCUGAAACGAUUGAUGGAAUUAAAUAUUGGAGAUUGUGCAAAUCUAGAGGAAAUUCACAGCAUCAAAGGAUCAGAAUCCUUGGAAGUAUUGAGAGUGAAAGGUUGCCACAAAUUAACAGAGUUACCCGAUAUGUCAAACUUGAAAAGAUUGAUGGAAUUAAAUAUUGGAGAUUGUGCAAAUCUAGAGGAAAUUCACAGCAUCAAAGGAUCAGAAUCCUUGAAAGAAUUGACAGUGAAAGGUUGCCAUAAAUUAAGAGAGUUACCUGAUAUGUCAAACCUGAAAGGGUUGGUAAGCUUAUACAUUAUAAAUUGUGUAAAUCUACAGAAAAUUCACCGCUUCGAAGGAGCAGAAUCUUUGCAAUAUUUGGGAGUGCUGGAUUGCUACAAAUUAACAGAGACAACGAGAAAGAUACUUGGACAAGGAAGACUACUAGUUGAUAAUGUUGGCAAAGGUUUUGGUCAGGGAACUAACUCAAUUGGUACUGAUGAUCAUCAUGUGUAUCCAGGCUCACCAUUUCUCUGUAUUGUUUUGGCAUUCACAUCUGGGUCUGGGGACCGAUCUGAGCGAGUGAAAUUUGUGGUUGGUGAGCUAGUAACCAUCACUCUUCAGAUCUCCGCUUUUAUUUGUUGGGGAGAAAAAGAUACCAUGUUUGUGUAUUCGAUUAGAAUUGAGGACAUUGAAUUCACUGAACGAGACAUAAUCUACAUCCACCAUUUCAAAGUGCUUGAUUGGUUUCCGCUGGAAAGCAAACCUGCUAUUAAGGAAUUUAGAGGAGACACACUAAAAAUAUUCAGGCAGUCAGAUUCUCACCACUACAGUUAUGAUCAGAUCAACGUAUGUGUGAAACACUGGAAAGUGUUGUUCGAAGACAUUGAAUCAGAGCAGCAAAUGCCUAACCAACAAUCCAGUGCUAUGUUGGUAGCAGAUUUCUUCAGAUGGGAUGAAGAGGAAGGUGCUGACAAAGAGGUGGAGGAGGAGCAAGAUGCUAACAAUGAUGAUGAACAGGUGGAAGACAAAGAAGAUGCUGAUAAUGAUGAAGAGGACAAGAAGGCAGGUGGUUCAGGUGUAUGCAAUUGUUUUGUCGCAGUGAAAGCUGUUUGGGAUGGUUUCUGCAACUGUUUCAGUAGAGGGUUUUGGAGAUAUGUUACUGGUGCCAGCUGAACAGUCAGAGUGGAUGAACCAUGGCCUUGGUCUAAGAUUCCUACAGUACUCCUGGAGUUCAUUGUGUCCUAUCUGUGACUCGAAGAUUGCGUCCGCUUGUCCUGUAUUUGUAAGGAAUGGGGAAAUGUUUCCUAUUCACUCCGGGUAGUAAACCAAUCUCCAUGGCUUUUGUUCUCCACAGCUGAAGAUGAUAUAAUCAAGUUCGUUGACCCUUCACAGGGCAAGUUCUAUUUUGAUGAAACCCCAAAGCUAAAGGGCACAGUUAUCCAAUACAGCAAGGAUGGAUGGGUGCUGUUCUCUCAAAAUGAAGAUAGUAUUUUCUUAAUCCAUUUCUUUAGCUAGUCAAUAAUUGAUCUUCCCUGUUACAGUAUUUUUCCAUUUUCUUCUGUGAAUUGCUUUUAUUGGUGUGUGUAUCUUUUCCCGAUACAAAAUGGACUUGACAAAGAUGGAAUGAUUGAAAUGGAAAGCUCAUCUCAUUCAGUUAUCAUGUUUUACCUGGCAUUUUGUGACAGAAAAUCCAGGAAGAAUGGAGCCAGGUGUAUAAAUACCUGUAAAGUUAAUGUCUUUUUUAGAAUUAUCUGCUGGAUCCUUUUCAAAUACUCAAAAACAGAGUCAGUUUUAAGCAUUAAUGAAUUAUACAACUAUGUAGGCCUUUUACCGCAGAAAAAAUUGCAAUUAUAGGCCUCCUUUGUUGUAGUAUGCUUACUCUUCCUCUUUAUCUUCUUGCCUUGCUGUGUAUGAGAUUUGCAUAAGACUCAAACAGGUAGAUCCUAUAAGAAAAGAAGUGAUUGCAUAGUUUCUAUUUUUAGAAUGCCAUACAAAUUCCAAGGGAUACAGUGAGGUGAAACUGUAAAUCAUAUGCUCCAGAACUAUCCUCAUAGAAUUAACAAAGAUUCAGCGACUUAAGUCCUAGGUUGUUAGCUUUCCAGGAGUGUGCUUUAUCAAUGUUGCUUCAAGUACUUUGCAUAUUCUAUGUAGUGUUUUGUUUUUAUUGUAUUAAACAUUGUUUAGAACUGGCAGCAAUGAAAUAAUUUCCCAACAUCAGCUAAUUCUCUGAUAUGGAAUUGAUGAUACUGAGACCCAUAUAUCCUCUUGGAUGAAUUAUAAUUUUGAAGCCUACAUGUUAAAAGGGUACACAAUCCUUGUAGCUUGGCUUACAUGGUUUCUGCUGUGUCUUCAAAUGGCAAAUUACCAAUUGGUUUCUCUAUUGCCAUUAAGCUUCUAAGAGAUUAAGAGAUGAAAGCCCAACUCCUCUGUAGGUUCUCCGUCGUUUUCUUGAGAUGAAACUUGCAUUUAUAGACAUGUCAGACUGAAAAUUACAAGAGGUGUCAAGAUUCAAUAUUGCUCCAAUCUCAUAGUUUGAGAUAUGACAGCAUUGGCAUAGAUUCUGCAUUCUUCUAUCUUCAUCUUCUACCUUGUAACUACUAAUUCUAUUAUGCUGUUGUGUAAGAACUAGGUUGCUACCAAAGGAUAAUUCUAAUUUGUGCUAAAUAAUUGUCUAGGAAGAACAACAAAGUGGAAUUCCUAGUUUUUUUCUUUUUCGAAAUAUCUUGCCAUGUCUCUCAAGUUUGGGUAAAUUAGUGCUUCUAAGGUGAUAUAAAUAAUCCUGUCUUUCAACUCUCAUUUCAUGACAGAUCCUAGAUUUGUUGAGCGACAUUGAUUUUUAAUUUGCAUACGCAGAACAAUAUUCAUUACUAGAUGAAACACAAUGAAGCUCAAAACUCAUUGAGUUAUUAUUCCACCUUUGGUAUGACCAUCAGCAGAAAAUAACCUAAUCGCAAAAGAAAAUUACAUAAACUGGUAUCUUGGUGUUUUUUGGAAAUCCCAACUCACAUCUGAAAGGACAAAAGAGGGGAUACUAUGCCAAGUCAUGGACGAUUCUGCGGUCGCCCCAUGCUUCGCGAAUUUGUUAGCAACUGUAUUGACUUCUCUGUAGCAGUGAAAGAUAGUCCAAGAGAAGCAGUCUAGGUAUUUCUUAUGAAAAAUCCAUCUCUGUUCAAAGCUCCAAGGGAUUUGACUAUUUCUAUUGCAAGUAACCACUACGUUAGAAUCACAUUCAAUCCAUAGUCUAAUAAUGGUCUCCGGAUAUUCCAUAUAUUGAUAACAAUUACUCAAAUUCUAUACACAACAAACAUCAUCCCAAUGACAGAUUCUUACUAGUUGUUUUGGUAUAGACAUGUCCUUGAAGAUGAUCAACUACAGUCUUGUCAGGAUGGAAAACCUUGAUUGGGUCAUCAUGUGUAAUGGUGAUGACACCAUGGCUCUAACUGCUUAAAGCUCCAAGAACAACAGCAUAUUCAUGUUUUACAGCAUUGAGUUGGAACAUAUUGGAAGUGAAUGAGACAUUGGUGAUGAAGUUGUUGUUGGUGUACGAUGUCUUGUAUUUUGUCACAGUUUAAUCCAGGGAGUACUGGUACAAUGCCUUGACAGGC